AAAAUGAAGAACAUAAAUUACAUAUAAAAAGUGUUCGAUUUGGUUCGAAAAAUUUUAACUUGGAGGUUUAUUGGUACGAAGGUUCAAGCAAUGAGAAAGAUAUGAAUCUAAGGACGCAAAAAAUGAAAAAUAUGGAAGAAAUAGAAGGAAUGACAAUCCAUAAAAAAAUAAUUGAAUGGAGGGAUAUUAAUGAAAGAUUGAAUGGAAUAAGAUAUGCGUGUGAGGCGUUAGAAUUCCUUAACAAGCGUGUAAAAUAUUUAACAAGUUAUUAUAAAACACAUAAAUACAAUGAAAUAGUCAAGUGUAUUAAUCAUAUAAUCUCGAGAUUUGCUGAAAAGCGACCACAACGAUAUAGAUUACUAGAUGUUCGCUAUCAUGUUAUGAAGAAUUUAAUUCUUGGUGAUUGUAAUCAUUUAAUUCAUUACCUUUUAUUUGGAUUCGACAUUGAUCUUUAUCUUUAUAUACCAAAGU